AUGACGCCCCCUGCUGCCCGCGCCCGCCGCGUGACCAGAAGUCCUCCCCCGACGCCAUCACCACCCGCCGCGCGACCGGAAGUAGGUGUUUUGCGUCGGUCCCGCCCUCCACGUGACCAGAAGUCCUCCCGCGACGCCGUCCCCUCCCUCCCCGCGACUGGAAGCCCUCCCACGGCGCCGUGCCCGCCCUCCACGCUACCGGAAGUCCGCGUCUGGCACUCCCCGCCCUCCGAGCGACCGGUAGCUCUCCCCAGAUGCACUUCCCGCCCCUCCUGUGACCGGAAGUGCGUCUCUUACAUCGGCUCCGCCUACCGCGUGCUCGGAAGUGUUUUGCGUCGGUCCCGCCCUCCACGUGACCAGAAGUCCUCCCGCGACGCCGUCCCCUCCCUCCCCGCGACUGGAAGCCCUCCCACGGCGCCGUGCCCGCCCUCCACGCUACCGGAAGUCCGCGUCUGGCACUCCCCGCCCUCCAAGCGACCGGUAGCUCUCCCCAGAUGCACUUCCCGCCCCUCCUGUGACCGGAAGUGCGUCUCUUACAUCGGCUCCGCCUACCGCGUGCUCGGAAACUCUCCCACAACCCCUCGCAACACGCGCGACCGGAAGUCCCCCCCGGACGCCAUCACCACCAGCCCCUCCAUCGCGCGCCACCCCGCUGCUGCUCGCGCCCGCCACGCACACGCCGCCCCCCGCAGUCCACAACCCCUCGCACCGCGCGCGCUGCCCGCCCCGCGCACCACCCCAUGCCAAACGCGCCCGCCGCGGGACCGGAAGUGCGCCCCGCGCGCCAUCGCCGGGGGACCGGAAGACGCCAUCAAUGCCGGCCGCGGGAACGGAAGUCCUCCCCGGAGGCCAUCACCGCCCGCCGCGGGACCGGAAGUCCGCCACACACGCCAUCAUUGCCCUCCGCGGGACCGGAAGUCCGCCACAGACGCCAUCACCGUCCGCCGCGGGACCGGAAGUCCCCCCCGGACGCCAUCACCGGCCGCCGCGGGACCGGAAGUAGGUGUUUUGCGUCGGUCCCGCCCUCCACGUGACCAGAAGUCCUCCCGCGACGCCGUCCCCACCCUCCCCGCGACUGGAAGCCCUCCCACGGCGCCGUGCCCGCCCUCCACGCUACCGGAAGUCCGCGUCUGGCACUCCCCGCCCUCCGAGCGACCGGUAGCUCUCCCCAGAUGCACUUCCCGCCCCUCCUGUGACCGGAAGUGCGUCUCUUACAUCGGCUCCGCCUACCGCGUGCUCGGAAGUGUUUUGCGUCGGUCCCGCCCUCCACGUGACCAGAAGUCCUCCCGCGACGCCGUCCCCACCCUCCCCGCGACUGGAAGCCCUCCCACGGCGCCGUGCCCGCCCUCCACGCUACCGGAAGUCCGCGUCUGGCACUCCCCGCCCUCCGAGCGACCGGUAGCUCUCCCCAGAUGCACUUCCCGCCCCUCCUGUGACCGGAAGUGCGUCUCUUACAUCGGCUCCGCCUACCGCGUGCUCGGAAGUGUUUUGCGUCGGUCCCGCCCUCCACGUGACCAGAAGUCCUCCCGCGACGCCGUCCCCACCCUCCCCGCGACUGGAAGCCCUCCCACGGCGCCGUGCCCGCCCUCCACGCUACCGGAAGUCCGCGUCUGGCACUCCCCGCCCUCCGAGCGACCGGUAGCUCUCCCCAGAUGCACUUCCCGCCCCUCCUGUGACCGGAAGUGCGUCUCUUACAUCGGCUCCGCCUACCGCGUGCUCGGAAGUGUUUUGCGUCGGUCCCGCCCUCCACGUGACCAGAAGUCCUCCCGCGACGCCGUCCCCACCCUCCCCGCGACUGGAAGCCCUCCCACGGCGCCGUGCCCGCCCUCCACGCUACCGGAAGUCCGCGUCUGGCACUCCCCGCCCUCCGAGCGACCGGUAGCUCUCCCCAGAUGCACUUCCCGCCCCUCCUGUGACCGGAAGUGCGUCUCUUACAUCGGCUCCGCCUACCGCGUGCUCGGAAGUGUUUUGCGUCGGUCCCGCCCUCCACGUGACCAGAAGUCCUCCCGCGACGCCGUCCCCACCCUCCCCGCGACUGGAAGCCCUCCCACGGCGCCGUGCCCGCCCUCCACGCUACCGGAAGUCCGCGUCUGGCACUCCCCGCCCUCCGAGCGACCGGUAGCUCUCCCCAGAUGCACUUCCCGCCCCUCCUGUGACCGGAAGUGCGUCUCUUACAUCGGCUCCGCCUACCGCGUGCUCGGAAGUGUUUUGCGUCGGUCCCGCCCUCCACGUGACCAGAAGUCCUCCCGCGACGCCGUCCCCACCCUCCCCGCGACUGGAAGCCCUCCCACGGCGCCGUGCCCGCCCUCCACGCUACCGGAAGUCCGCGUCUGGCACUCCCCGCCCUCCGAGCGACCGGUAGCUCUCCCCAGAUGCACUUCCCGCCCCUCCUGUGACCGGAAGUGCGUCUCUUACAUCGGCUCCGCCUACCGCGUGCUCGGAAGUACGUGCUUUACGCCAGUCCCGCCCACCACGUUACUGGAAAUGCGUCAUUUACGCAGGCCCCGCCAACUGCUUGACCUGAAGUGCGUGUUUUACGUCGGCCACGCCCACUAUGGUUAG